UAACACAUAACAUCAAUUGUUACCAGAGAUUAAGACAUUGCUUCAAAAUUUAUUCAUGUAACAGUAAAGCAGCUCUAAAUCUGGAAAGGACAGCCAUUGGCUACCUUGUACACUAUGACCACCCAUAACUUUAAAUCCACACUAAAACAAAGCAAGCAACAAAAAUGCAACCCUUUUUAUUGUAUAGGUACAACAAGAGCUCCCAUAUUCAAUAUGGCAUCCACCACUUGUACCUUCCAACACCUUGCCUUGCUCAUGAUCAUCAUCUUCUCUGCAGCAGCCACCGCCGUUGAUUUCAGCUAUCCUGCAGUUAUCAACUUCGGUGACUCCAAUUCCGACACUGGCAACCUAGUGGCCGGCAUGGCCGACCGCCUCGACCCACCCCACGGCCAGACUUACUUCCAGAAGCCCUCAGGAAGGUUCUGCGAUGGCCGCUUGAUCAUCGACUUUCUAAUGGAUGCAAUGGACUUGCCCUUGUUGAAUCCAUAUUUGGAGUCAAUUGCAGCGCCAGUUUUCAAAAGAGGGUGCAACUUUGCAGCUGCAGGCGCCACCACUCUUCCGGCCACGGCUUCCUCGGUUUGCCCGUUUUCGUUCAGGAUCCAAGUAGCUCAGUUUCUGAGGUUCAAGGCAAAAGCGGUGGAUAUCCUCACUAAAUCCAGGAAAUACGACAAAUACCUGCCGGCUCAGGAUUACUUUGGGAAGGCGCUUUACAUGUUCGACAUAGGCCAAAAUGAUCUCGCGGGCGCCUUCUACUCCAAGACGCUUGAUCAAAUACUUGCUUCAAUCCCAAUAGUUUUAUCAGAAUUCGAAGAUGGGAUUAAGAAAUUGUACGAUGAAGGGGCUAGAAACUUCUGGAUUCACAACACGGGCCCCCUCGGCUGCCUGCCUCAAAACAUUGCCAAAUUUGGAGGGGACGCGUCCAAGCUAGAUGAGCUCGGAUGCGUCAGUUCUCACAAUCAAGCUUCAAGGCUAUUCAACCUGCAGCUGCAUGCUCUCUGCAAAAAGUUGCAGGGGCAGUAUCAAGAUUCAAACAUCACGUACAUCGACAUUUUCACAAUUAAGUCCAACCUCAUUGCAAACUACUCUAGAUAUGGAUUCGAACAGGCGUUGAUGGCGUGCUGCGGAUAUGGAGGACCCCCGCUGAACUACGACAGUCGGGUUCCCUGCGGGGAGACCAAGGUUUUGAAUGGAAGUUCGGUGACAGCCAAAGGAUGCAGUGACACUACAGAAUACAUAAACUGGGAUGGAAUCCAUUACACUGAGGCUGCAAAUCAGUAUGUUGCCUCACAGAUUCUCACUGGAAAAUUCUCUGAUCCACCCUUUGCUGACAAAAUGCCUUUCCUUCUAAAGCUCAAAUUCUGAAUAUAUUUGUUAACAUCACAUAGUAAUCCAAUUGAUUUAUUCCAUUCUCAGACGCAUCAAGAUAUUUGAAUCAAGUUUCACCUUUUCUUGUCCA